UUCACCACGCCUCCCCUCACGAGGAAGAGAAAGGCGGCCGAGGCGACGCUUGUAGACGACGCGACCAAAGCAGCAGCAACAGCCGCCGCCACCUCCACCUCCUCCACCCCGAACACUACCGUCGCGCUCUCGCCCGCCGCCACCGGUUCCUCCUUUUCUGACAAAUCCUCCCGGAAGAAGCAGAAACCUGCCGCCUCGGAUACAGAUUCUCUUGCUGCGAUCUCCAACGACCUUUCGGAACUUGUGGAGAGGAGAAAGCCGACAGACUUCGUUACCCCCGCGUCCACCAGUAUGGAGUCCGAUGAAGACUUCAUGAGCGUCGGCUCGAGCCCCGAUGAUUUCCUGGACACUCAAGGAAGUGAUGUUGAGAGCUUGGGAGAUGACUUCGGUGAUGAUUUUGACGGCGGGUUCUCCAAAGACAAAGAUAUAAUCGCGACGAAACGGAAACCGUACGAGGUCGAAUUCAAAGUCCUAAGCCCAGAAGAUAUUGAGCGGCAGCAGAAUGUGCAGAUUAACGAGGUCUCAUCGAUCCUCGGACUGCCCCCGGAGUCGUCGGCCAUCCUGUUGCGGUACGGACGGUGGAAGCGCGAGAAGUUGAUCGAGUCGUAUAUGGAUCAUCCGGAGCAGACCCUGGAGGAGGCGGGUCUGGGGACCAACUUCGACGGGACGCCGACGACGGAGGUGGUACCGGGAUUUAUGUGUGAGAUCUGCUGCGAGGAUGGCGAUGAGCUCGAAACGUAUGCUAUGCGCUGCGGGCACCGCUUCUGCGUUGACUGCUAUCGCCACUACCUUGCACAGAAGAUCCGUGGGGAGGGUGAAGCGGCGAGGAUCGAAUGCCCGGGCACUGACUGCCAUAUGAUUGUGGAUUCGAAAUCGUUAGGGCUGCUUGUGACGGAUGAUCUACGGGAUAGAUACAAAGCCCUCCUCAUGCGCACGUAUGUCGACGACAAAGACAAUCUUAAGUGGUGCCCGGCCCCGGAAUGCCAAUACGCAGUGGACUGUCCUAUCAAACAGCGCGACCUCCGGCGCAUUGUGCCCACCGUUCAGUGCGACUGUAAACACUACUUCUGCUUUGGAUGCACCCUCAACGACCACCAGCCUGCACCAUGCACGCUGGUCAAGAUGUGGCUGAAGAAGUGCGAGGAUGAUUCUGAGACGGCAAACUGGAUCUCCGCCAACACGAAGGAGUGCCCGAGAUGUCACUCAACGAUUGAGAAGAAUGGUGGUUGCAAUCACAUGACGUGCCGGAAGUGCAAGCACGAGUUCUGCUGGAUGUGCAUGGGCUUGUGGUCGGAACAUGGCACCAGCUGGUACAACUGCAAUCGAUACGAGGAGAAGUCAGGAUCCGAGGCCCGCACAGCGCAGGCCCGAUCUCGCGAAUCGCUGGAGCGGUAUCUCCACUACUACAACCGAUAUGCCAACCACGAGCAGUCGGCCAAGUUGGACAAGGACCUAUACUUGAAAACGGAGAAAAAGAUGACCAGUCUGCAGUCGCAAUCCGGUCUCUCGUGGAUUGAGGUGCAGUUUCUGGAUACCGCCUCACAGUCAUUACAGCAAUGCCGGCAGACUCUGAAGUGGACGUAUGCGUUUGCCUACUACCUGGCGCGCAACAACCUGACCGAGAUCUUCGAGGACAAUCAGAAGGACUUGGAAAUGGCCGUGGAGAGUCUGAGUGAGAUGUUCGAGAAACCGGUGCCGGAGCUCGCCAAGCUAAAGGUUGACAUUUUGGACAAGACGGCCUACUGCAACAAGCGGCGGGUGAUCCUGCUGAGUGAUACAGCGGAGAAUUUGAAAAAUGGAGAAUGGUCAUUCAACGUGGAUUGGUAG